GUAAAACGCGGAAGUUUGCUUCUGUGUAGUCGCUGCGAUAUAAAACAGAACAGUGACAGCACGGAUAAAAUACACUCAAACGACAGAGAAUUGGUAAAUCACAUAGAAAUAGUACACACGAGCAAUAAAGACCUUAUUCUCUGAUGAAAAACGAUUUAAUGUGAAAAGCAACCCAUUACUGCCCUGAAUGUAACGCCAAAUGUGAACACCACUUCCCAGAAUGCUUUGUGUUCUCUCACACUCGCGUCAGAUGUGCGACGAAGUUCUGUUUUUAAACACACCAAACACGGGUGAGUAAAAAAACACAGUUUAAUCCUGUUUUUAUCUCCGUUUGAAAAUGAAAGUGAAUUAAAGUGGCAUUGGUAAAGACUGUUAAUAAAUUAAAUUAUUUUGUAUCCCUCAAAAUUAACAUUUUAGCCACAGAAAGAUGCAGUUCAGCGUUUAAGCUAAACCAAUGAGCUAAUAGUGAAUGCACAUUUACCAAUGCUUGCAUACAUUGUAGAAUAUGUUGUCAUAAUCUUGCUUUCUAAUUGAUUUUCCUCUUUUCAUGGUACAGCUGUUGUAAAAUAAUUUUGUAAUGGAGUUGGAACAGCCGAAAGAGGACUGUGCUCCAGCCGAGUCAACACCUGCGCCACCAGCCUCCUCUAAGAAGCCGAGUCAGGCUCUGUACGUGCCCAAGAAACGGCUUCCUGACUCCAAAGACAAAACUCAGACUCAGGGAGAGGGCAAACCGAGACCCAGACCUCGCUACACAGACAAGUCUAGAAAAAAUGCCAAAAAUAAGAAGAACCAAGCAGGAGUAACAGAGAAGGAGGCACCUGCAGGAGGAGAGGGUGGAGGUGAGGUGCAGGAUGGUGACAAUAAGCCUGCUAUGAAGGAAGAGAGGCUUCAGGAUACAGAUGCUCAGGUGAACGGGCAGCCGGGUUUAACCAAUUCAGAGGAAGAUGCUGCAUCAGGACAUGAGGACAAGGGGGAAGAAGAGAGUUGGGACACGUUGUUCAACGAUGAAGGAGACUGUCUGGAUCCUCAUCUGCUGGAGGAGGUCAGAGCUGUGGAUAUCCUUUACAUUCACACACAUAUUUGCCUUUUCAUUUGUACUCAGGUCAAGGUAAUGGUUUUAUCAAUCAAUCAAUCAAAUUUUAUUUAUAUAGCGCCAAGUCACAACAGUCGUCAUCCCAAAACGCUUUUCAAAGAACAAGAGCAGGUCUAGACCACGCUCAUUGUUUGAUGAAUUAUCAAGACCCAACCUUAGAUGGGUUUUGGCCCAUCUCAUCUAACAUGAGUAACAGUGGCAAGGAAAAACUUCCUUUUAACAGGCAGAAACCUUGGGCAGGACCAGAUUAAUGCCAGACAGCCACCAAGCCGCUGCUGGGUUGGGGAGGAAUACAGAGAGAGAUAGGGGGAGAGAGGGAGAGAGAGAAAAGUGGAGAGAGGGCAGUGGGAGAGAAAGAGAACAAGAUAGAGGGAAGGAGAGAGAGAAUGAGUAAGGGAGAGCGAGGGAGGGAGGGAGAGUAGAGAACGAGGGUGAGAGAGAGAGACGGGACAGCAGCAACAUUAAACAACAGCAACAACAACAACAACAGCUCAUGUAAUGGUGAAACAAAAUGAAUUCAGUUUACAGGGUUAGGAUAUGAGUGAUUAUGGACUAUGUUGAAUUAAUUUAAAGUGAUUACAGUCAGCAGGCCUAAUAGUAGUUAACUCUAGUUUUAUGUUAUUAAUGUCAGUGAAUUUUACCAAUAAGAUAGACUCAAGUUUAACUUCCCUCAACUCUUUUUUUCAACUCUUUUUUUUCUCUUACUCACUGUCCUUCACUUUUUACCCUUUCAGCUCGCUGUGAAAGAGGGUAAAAAGAAAGAGUCAAUCCAGGAGCCCAGGUUUGAUUAUUACAACAUGGACCGGUUUGGGGAUGAAGAGGACGAUAUCGAUCUCACAGAGGAUGAACUUUCCCACAUUGUAGAGAUCUAUGACUUCCCAGCAGAGUUUAAGACAGAGGAUCUGCUCCGGCUAUUUCAGGACUACCAGUAUGUAUAAUUCAGAGUACUUCUGUCAGCAUAAGAAGUGUUUGCUAUUGUAAAUCUCUCAUUUAUUGUUGUAAUUACAACCAUUUGUACAGCACUUUUCAUAAACAGGCAUAAAAUACUUAAUACAAAUCAGUCAUUGGUGCACCUCAGGUUUCUUGUCCUUGCUUGACAGCCAAUGAGAGGAGAGAUAGUGACCAAGUGGUAAUUCAUGAACAGGGAACUUAAUUUAAAAAAUAAUAAUAAUAAAAGCUAAAAUUAGUCCAAAGAAAUGAAACAGCUGUCAGAGAGUCAGAGUUAGGUGUCCAUCAUACCAUUUUAGUAAAAUUUAAAACUAUUUAACUGGCAGUUUUAUCCUCCAUUUUUUUCUAACACUUUGCUUUAUUGUUGUUUAAUCUUAUCAGACAAAGAGGCUUUGACAUCAAGUGGAUUGAUGACUCCCAUGCCCUGGGCCUCUUCUCAAGCCCCAUAGCAGGUUGGUGAAAUGCUGCUGGCCAAACAAUUUUCAAGCUUUGGUUCCUGCAUGUGUGUGUGUGUGUGUGUGUACCAGGGCUGUCACAGGAUCUUUUUUUUGUCUCAUGAUUAUCAUGGCUCCAAAAAUAUUGCAACAACAAUAUUACUGUGAUAGUUAUGAAAACUUAAAAAUAAAACAACACAACCAGCCAAACUGAGGAAAAGCAGGACACGGGCAGAGCAACAUAUUAUGUCAUAAACUUUAAUAAAACUAAUUAACUCAUGUGUCAUCAUCCAAUUUCUGAUAAUAUUCAAAUCCAUGAUUCAUCCCCAGCCCUGUAACAGAAACCUCUUUGGAGAGGACAAUUGUGAGUCAUGCUUUUUUUUAGAUCAUUUUUCUGUCCUGGGUUCGGUUGCUUCAUUUCUUUAAAGCUGUUUUUGGUAAAGCCUAAGUAACAAAACCAAAUAAAAACAAUUGAGUUGAACAGUCAGAAAGUAUAAAAGCUCAGUUAAUUAUUCCAAAGAGGCACAAGCUCUAAUAUUGUUUUUGGAUUUACAAAUAAAUCUUGGACAUCAGUUUUUAGUGACUAGUCAUCUCUCGGUUGGCUGCUACUCCCUUUUUGUCUCACCUCAGUUUAAUGGGGUAUGACAACCACUACUAUAAACCCAUAGCAUUACCAUAUACAUAAUUUUUGCACAAUAUCUAUAUUCUUUCUUUUUUUUUCUUUUAGAUAGAGAUGGUUAUUGUCAAUACCAGUAUUAAGCGACAGCCCUGGUGUGCACACCUUAACUACUGUCUCCAGUAAAUAUUGAUGUGACACAUUGUUCCUGCCUGUUUGUUGAAGUUUGCAUAGGAUGAAUAUGCAUUAGAGAUCUGACUGACAAACUAUACUUCAUUUUCAUCAGUAAGUCAUUAAGCUGUAAUGCAGAGCUGCUGUGUAUUAUUGUGAACAGGUUUGAAUCUCAUUUAGGACAUCAUAAUAAAACGCAUGUUUGAAAAUCCCAAGGUUGUUGAUGAACAUUUCAAUUUUUCCAGCCCGGGAAGCUUUGAGAUCCAAACAUCCACUUAUGAAGUUGCGACCACUUUCCCAAUCUUCUGCUGCUACAAAGGCCGCAGCUCGCAGCUGCUCAGGUGAAAAUAAAGACAUUUGUAUUUCUAAGGUGGCCUUUAGGAUCUAAAACAAUUCAAAGAUGAAUUUUAACCAGUGUGUCUAUCAAUUUUCUUUCUCUUCUGCCUCCAGACUACCUCCUGCCAGCCAAAGAGAGACCUCAGACUAGUGCAGCGCUCGCUCGAAAGCUUGUUAUUGGUGCGCUUGGUAUGAAAAGCAACCUGACGAAAGAGCAACGAGAGGCAGAGAGGAAGAAACUCCAGGAGGCAAGAGGUAAUCACAGCGCUGUUAGGCUUUGGUUAUGAUUUAGUUUUAUUCUGUCAAAUACUUUUUCCUACUCCAGCCCCACUGUCAGUCUUUAAGAAGGAGACUUCUGACUAAAAAAAGGACCGUACAUCCUCAUCUUACAUGUUGCUCAAGUGAACUAGGCUAAAUAUAAGCAAGCAAGUGCCUCAGCCCCAGAAAACAUUUUCGGAAUAGGUUACUUUUGAAAAUACUUGGUAACAUUUUACUUGGCGCCUAUCUCUAUAACGCAUAAUAAAUAUAUGUAGGUUGUGUUAUAAUCAUGUUAUAGCACUGUAUAACUAUAGUAAUAAACACUCGUAAAUGAUCAUAAUGCUUUAUAGCAAUAAUCAUAACACAUCAUAAAGCAGUGGUUCUCAACUGGUGGGUCCCUACUCAAAAGUGGGUUGUGGACACGUUCUGGAUGGAUUGCAAACAGCUGGUAAAUAUAUAUAUAUAUAUAUAUUAAUGCACAUCUGAUGUUUGACAUGUCUUUUAUUUUGAAAAAUAGCUUUUAUUUUGUGCAAUUUGAUAUUUAUUUGAUAUUUGAUAUUUUCAGUAUAUGAAACUUCAGUAGUUGUCGUCCUCAGUUCAUGUGCUCUGAAAUGCACUUUAUGCAAUAAAACGGGUGGAUUUGUGUUAAAGAUUUGAGUCUUGAAAGGUUUUCUUAAUAAAAAAUAAAUUUGCUUGGUUUGGAAUCUAUAAAAGUGGGUCGCAAUGUAAGGACCAUGGGAAAAUGCGGGUCUCAGAGUGAGACCAGUUGAGAACCACUGUUAUAAAGCAUUUGAUCAUGACUUCCAAGGUCAGGUAUUAUCAUGUGUCAUAACUGUUAACAACUCACUGACAAUGCCCACAUAGAUAAUGCAAUGCAACUGUUGUUAACAGUUAUAACCCAUUAUAAUAACUGACCUUGUAAGUCAUGAUAAAAUGUUUCCUAAUGUGUUAUGAUUAUUGCUAUAAAGCAUUAUGAUCAUUUAUGAGUGAUUAUAGUUAUACAGUGCUUUAACUUGAUUAUAACUCAUUAUACAUACAGUAUAUUUAUAAUUCGUUCUUCAAAUAAAGUGUUACCAAAUAUUUCACCACCCUUAUUCAUCAAAGUUUUUGCAUUACAAGGUUUUUACCACAGGAGGGAGCUGUUGCUGCAUUUGGUGUAGAAAACGAAACAUGUAGUUGCAGAUUAAUGCCAAAAGAAGUUGCUCUCUGUCCACUGCUGAGGAGGUCUAUAAUCAGCUGAGCAGCCAUUUCCCUUCAUGGAUGGAACAUAAGUAUAUAGGCACAGAAAACCCACAAUUGGCCGUCCACUGCACAGCCAGUCAGGAAGUCAGGGAAAACUAAAAAAAACUCCUUUGUUCUUGGACUGGGCGCACUUCUGUGCUCUUUAUUUAAGAUCACAACACAUAGGGUGACUGACAGAAAAGAAGUGCAUCAUGUACUGAACACAGUGUCCCUGGAAUGAAUGCCACGUAUGGUUUUAUCCAGAGGUAGUUGACAGAUGCCACUGACAAAGUCAGUGCAAUAAAUCACCUGUGUGCCGUCAAGUGUGGUGCAUUCACUGAGUUAUAAGUUAACGGUCUCUGUGCUUUAUCUUUCAGAGCAAAAACGCCUGGCAGCUAAGCAGAAAGAAGAUGCUUGGGAGGGGAAGUGACUGGGUGGAGAACGACCCCCCAUCUGUGAAUUAUGUGUGUAUUUUUUUUUAGAUUCCUUGAUUCAGCAAAAUGAGGAUUUCUCUGUGUCCUCUCUUGAUCUGUUUUCCUCAACUGGCCACUCCUUUAAACCACCACACUUCCCAGAAAUGGAUUCUUCCAGUUUUCCCUUCUUUCUGCCGCAAACCUUCACCAGCUAUAAUUGAACUUCUCACCAUCCGUUUGCCUCUGGUGUUACAUCAGGAAAGAGUGACCCACUACUGUCUUAUCUUCAUGCAUAAACACAUUAAACGUGUCUCAUAUUUCAUCCAUGCAGGGAUUAUUGCCUCAAGGUCACAGCUAACCCAACCUCACCUGGACAUCCUUUUGUAAUUCUACAUAAUAAUGCAGCAACUCUGUACUGAUGAAUUAAGCCCAGACAUUUUUAAGGGAUCACGGCUGCUUCGUAAUACUUAUUGUCAAACAGUUAUAAGCUUGUCUUGUGAAUUUUUUAAUUUUUAUAAUGACCCAGGUUAGUCCAUUUGUAAGGACAAGAGCAGUACAACUUUUUGUUAUGGUUCAGUGAUAUCAAAUCCAGUAAAAUCAAUACAGUAGAUCCCUGUGCUGUGUAUGAUUUACUGCUAAGACCAAACCUUCCUUCAUAGUAUGCAAAUAAAAUGUGGAGUUUAUCCAGGUAAUUGGGUGAUAUGAGGUCUAACAGUGGUUUCAAAGUAAUAAAAAUACACAUGCAUCUCAAUGAAUCAUAGAAAAGUUAAAUAAUUAGUUAUUUAGUAAACUUUCAUUUGUUCUUGUAUUCAUUACAUGUAAAGGGGAAUAUUUUAAGACUUUAAUGAAAAUCAGAAAUCCAGUGUCUCAAGUUUCUAUAUUUUCUUUAGAUCAAUCGAAAAAGGUUAUAAAACACAGGCAUGUUCUGCUUCUGAAAAGACCACUGAUUUGUACACUCAGUGCUUGGUUGGUGCUUAUUUACCCCAAAAAUAUUGGCACUAAUGUGGUAUGGCCGUGAUCAGCCUGUGACACUGCUGAGGAUCAGUUGCUCUGAUAGUAAUCAGUCAAACUUUAAAGCACUUGUUAUGCAAACCAAAUGACUUUACAGUGACUGAAAACAAAAUAGUGCCCCAAAAUACAAAAAAAUUGACACUUUUCUAUAUAAAGACACAGAGGAGGUUGGGAGCAAUGCACAGAAACAGCAAUAACAAUAUAUAUGUUAUCAAAACAGCUGAGAGAAACGGAACACAAGGUAAAGAAUCAAAAAACAUCAAAACAAAGAGCAAAAAUAAAAUCAAAAAGGUAGAAAUAAGAAAACGAACAUAACCAAUCUAAUAAUUAUCUUUAUAAAACAUUACGUGACAAGAAAAACGAUCAAACCUGCAAAAAGCCAAGCUAUACAGAUAGAUCUUAAGUUGACAUUUUGAAGUUUCAUUGUUUCCAGCUGGAUUUUCACAGGGUUCAGGUUAGGCCUGUUGGCUCAUAACAUGGUCAGCAAACCAUGUAGUAGUCGUUUUGGUUCUGUGGGCAUGUGCCAAGUCCUGAUGAGAAAGGAAAUCUGUAUCUCCAUAAAGCUCAUCAGAAAAUGGAGGCAUGAAGUGCAGUAAAAUCUGGUAGAUUCUAGGCUGUUUUGACUCCAGACCUGAUAAAACACAGUGGACCAACACCAGCAGAUGACAUGGUGUCAAACAUUCAUGCUGCAGAAACUUCACACUGGACUUCAAGCACCCUGGACUCUUUGCCUGAAAUACAAUCUAACUUUAGACCUCAGAGCUACAGUCCUUUUCUUUUUCAUCUUCAUCCAGGUAAACUCUUCUGACCUCUCAGGUUCAAGGGCAGCUUGAUAUCACAGAUGUGACUGUUGUGGUCCCUUUCUUGAAGAUGUCUGUGUGUUGGCUGUUUAUGCUCCUACACCAGCCUUAAGAGUCAGUCUGCUCCUUGUGAAGCUUUUCAAAGUUUUUGAAUGGUGUUUUUUUUUUUUUUUGAUAAUCCUCUCAAGGCUGCCGUCAUCCCUCAUCAUGUUGCUUGUGUCUUUUCAGCAAUGAACGUCUGGAGUUUACCAGAGAGUAUUGAUGAUUGACUUUGGGUCAACUGCCAAGUCAGCAGUCUUACCCCCUGAUUGGAAGAACUGGGCCGAUAGAUGUUUUAUACUCAUAUAUUUUGAGACAUCUUUUCACAAUUUAGUGAUCAUAUACAAUAAAGUAUGCCAAGUUUUCAGAUUCUUGGAUAGCUAAGAGAAUAUAAAACUUUUUCAUGAUAUUGAGAUGCAGAUGUACUUUCUUGAACUCUAAUGCCUACUUAAUAAAAUUUAAAUAUUUAACGUCACCUUCUGCCUCAUUCAGACCCAGCUUUCAUAAUCCAGCUUUACGAAACACAGGACCAGGCUCUGGAAACAUCUGUGACAGCUGGAUGCAGCUGCCUCCUCUGAGGCUUCACCCAGCCAACCACAGACCAUGUGGCACUGCGUCUCCUGCACCUCCUCAGCCAAUAAUUAAGUCUUAUUCUUGGAGACAUUGGAGAAUGCUGCAAAUUUGUCAUCUUACUUUACUAUAAUUAUUGAACUUUAUUCUUCUGUCAAUCUAAAAAAGAAUAUCUGCAUACUUUGGUCUCCAAGCUGUGAGUGGGCAUGUUAACACAGUAGCUGAACAGAUUUCUGGGCGUAUAAAUGUUUCAAAAGAUGAUCAUUCAGAAUUUGAUUACAGCAUCUAUAUGAAACUUAACUCUACUGCUGCUGUCCCAAUGCUGUAUAUGCAGUCUAUCACUGCUGUAGUUACCAAAACGUGUAUAAAUCUCAUUAGGUAACUGAGAUGCAGUGCCACGUGGCCAGUUAGAGUGCUGCUGCAUCAAGGAGGGUGCUGUUUGUAAUGUGUUCAAGCUUUUCAUUAGUCCACAAUAAACAUCGUAUUGUAGAGGGCAGCAGGUAUCAACACCUUUACAGACAUUCAUCACUUCUAAAGAUGCAUUUCUACACUGUAAGUGUUGCCGAAGUGUCAUAAAUACUCAUGCAUCA